UCUCGCGGAUGGGGGAGUACACUGUACACAACACCACGCGUCAUAUAUGGUCAGAUGUUCGAUUAUACUUAUUGCAAUGCAAUAAAAUUAUUAUAUUCAACAUUGUGUGUUAUUUUGUGAACUGAUGUACACUGCGGAUUUCGAAUCUCGUUACUAAUCCGUCUAAUAAGUGCAACGAAGUAAUGUGUAGUUUUUAUGUCAGCGUUGCUUGUGUGUGGAAUUAUGGUUAUAUUUAGUAUAUGACGACUACGGUGUUUUGAAGCACGAAGCACUGCCACUCCUUCCGUUAUAAUAUUUUUACAAUUUUUUUAUUUUAUUUGUAAGUGAAAAAAAUGGAAGAUAUAUUUCAAUGGUGUCGUGAAGGAAAUGCCAUGCAAGUACGUGUUUGGCUGGAUGACACCGAACAUGACAUGAAUCAAGGAGAUGAUCAUGGGUUCAGUCCACUCCAUUGGUGUUGCAAAGAGGGACACUUGAAAUUGGCUGAGUUGUUAGUUAGCAGAGGAGCACGUAUUAAUGCAACUAACAGAGGCGAUGAUACUCCUCUUCAUCUUGCUUCUGCCCAUGGGCACAAAGAAAUAGUUCAAUUGUUACUUAGGAACCGAGCAGAUGUCAAUGUCACAAAUGAGCAUGGUAACACUGCCCUUCAUUAUGCAUGCUUUUGGGGCGAUCAAGCAGUUGCCGAAGAAUUGGUAACUGCUGGUGCUUUGGUAUCAAUUGCAAACAAGGAUGGUGAUACUCCGUUAGAUAAAGCACGAGGCCAUUUGGCCAAAAGAUUACACGAUUUAGCUGUAGAAUAUGGACAGGAUUUAAAAAAGAUUCAGUUUAAAGAUCAAAGCUGGCUAGGUUUGAAAACUAGAAGUCGUGAUGCAACGCUAUCAAGGCAUAAAGGAAUAAACAUGGCAGAUCUUUCUCUGCAUACUCAUUUAGCUAGUACGCCAAGUGGUGAAACAUGGCGUGGACGUUGGCAAAACAAUGACAUUGUGGCAAAAAUAUUGAAUAUACGUGAGUGUACGGCUCGAAUUUCAAGAGACUUUAACGAAGAAUUCCCAAAAUUAAGAAUUUUUUCACAUCCCAAUGUACUACCUGUACUUGGUUGUGUCAAUCAACCACCGCAAUUGGCAACCGUUUCGCAAUAUAUGGCACGUGGGAGUUUGCAUAGGCUUUUACAUGGAGGUACAGGCGUCGUUGUUGACACUGCUCGUGCACUUAGACUUGCCCUCGAUGUCGCGAGAGCUAUGGCAUUUCUUCAUGGACUCGAAAGGCAAAAUAGAUGUAGAUUUCAUCUUAAUAGUAAACAUAUUAUGAUUGAUGAAGAUUUAACAGCUCGCGUGAACAUGGCGGAUUCGAAAUUUUCAUUUCAAGAGGUGGGUCGAAUCUACGAACCAGCGUGGAUGUCUCCGGAAGCAUUAAGUAAACGUCCGGCGGAUAUAAAUCUCGAGGCCAGUGAUAUGUGGAGUUUUGCCGUCCUGUUAUGGGAACUUGCGACAAGAGAAGUUCCGUUUGCAGAUCUUUCGCCGAUGGAAUGCGGCAUGAAAAUUGCACUAGAGGAUUUACGUGUUAGUAUACCUCCAGGAAUUUCACCGCAUCUUGCUAAGCUUAUUAGAAUUUGUAUGAACGAAGAUCCAGGGAAACGUCCGUCUUUUGAUAUGGUCGUUCCUAUACUCGAUAAAAUGAAACGCUAAUUUUUGAUAUAAUUUUUCUGUGCAUUGCAAGAAUCGUGGCUUGCGACCAAACAUAUGUAUCAUUGCGAAUGCGAUUAAUCAAAGAUUGUUGCAAAUUAGUUUACUUAAUGAUUGGUUCGGAUUUGUGAUAAAGUAAAUCGAAGCAAAAAGAGCGAUUCUCAUUUGAAUUGCGAAGAAGCACAUAGUUAUACUUGACGAAAUGUUUCGAAAAACUGUAUCUGCUAAUCGGUAUCAGCAUAUAGAACAAAAAUGAUAAGGACCAUUUAUAGAAUUGAUCGAAGUAAGUAAUGUGCUAAUUGAUUUUUGGCAAUUUCAAGCAAUGCAUUUUAUUAUUAUCCAGCUGCAAAACCGGUAUUCUUGUAAGAAUGUCACUACUACUAAAUUUUUUCGAUACAAAUUGUUUUUUAUCGAAUACAUUCUUUACUAGUAAAUCUAUUAUUAUUUUUACUAUUAUUUUUCGACGCUUUUCGCAAUGAACACAAUCUAGCAGAAAAAUCUUCGAAUAUUUUUGAUAAACUGGUAAAUAGUUUCAGAAAUGGACACUCGCUAAACGAAGUGUCAUUUGUAUGAGUUAUUCGUUAUUGUUUUCUUGUCGAUAGAUUUUAAUAGAGAUAAUCGAAGUUGGUUAAUGAAAGAUAAUCUUUAUUAACUAUUUUAAGCUAGAAAUCUUUUGGGCAGAAUUUGUACGAUAAUUAAAUGAUAAAAAAUACACAUUAAUUUAUAUUUGAUGAAACAUACUGAAUUCUUCGAAAGGUAAAGUUUCCGAAUAGUUGUAUCCUCGCCGGUAUCUAUGCUCUUGAAGUAUAUUGUCAGAUCACCAUUCUAAACAAUCUUUUCUCAUAUGUACAUAUAUAGGGUGGUCGGUUUCACUUUACGAGUUACGCACAAAAGUAUAUUUGGCAU